GUGGAUGUAAAGAUCGAGAAUUUGGUAGCUCCAGGGGAAAAUUUUGGGGGAGAACUUCUAAAACUAGAAAUCAUUACGCGAGAUAAAGAAAAAGGAACAGAAGUAAAUUACCAUGCAGUAGCAAAAAAAAUUCCUACUAACGAACUUUUCCAAAAGAUUUUCAAUAUUCAACAAACAUUCAAAGGUGAAAUAAACUUCUACGACAAAGUUGUACCAGCCCUUCAAAACUUUCAGCGUGAAAAUGGAGUCCAGAAUGUACUGAAUUGUUUUGCAAAAUUAUACGGAGCUAGAAUAAAUUUGGACGAGAACAGUGAGGUUGUUGAUAGAAACGCUGUAAUUGUGUUGGAGAAUUUACAACGCUCAGGAUUCGUGAAUGUGGACCGCCACGUCGGAUAUGAUUUCGAAUCAGCUGAACUACUUCUACGAGAUUUAGCCACUUUACAUGCAGUUCCGUUGGCCAUGAAAUUGAAAGAACCAGAGUUGUUCGAGAAUUCUGUUAAGAAAUACUGUGUGAAUACACUUGGUACGGAUAAGCAAGAAGAUAUUGAUCACGCAAAUUUCUUAUCUACUUUCAUCCAAGAGAUACUAUGGGAAUCUGAUAAAUGCAGUCCUUUCAUACCAAAAGUUAAAGAGAUACUCAAAACUCCACCACAACCUGAGUCUGAAGUCAGAGAACCGUUUGCUACAUUCGCACAUGCUGACCUGUGGGUGAACAAUGCUAUGAUCAAAAUGGAAAACGGCACACCGGUAGCAAAUAAAUUCGUCGAUUUUCAGGUUUACACUUACAGGUCCCCUGCCUCGGAUUUGUUGUUCUUUUUAUUCACCAGCGUUCGCCUGGAUGUCCUAAAGAAGGACCUGGACACUUUGAUAAAUCACUAUCAUUCAGAAUUUAUAAGAAACUUAACUGAACUUGGAUGCGAUACGACACCAUUUCUAUUACCCAAGUUUAAGGAGGAGUUAGCUUUUGAAGCAAAGAGUACUCUACACCACAUUUUGAUGUUCUUACCCAUGAUUGUUUUUGGUGAGAAGAAUAAGGCGCCCAUGACUCCCGAUGACGGAAAACCACCAGAUAUGACUAGCUCCUCAGUUAGAGACGAAAUGAGGAAAAACACCCAUUCCAAAGCGAAAGAAAAAAUUUGGUUUACAAUACAAUCAUUCGGGAGAAAGGGAUGGCUGUGAUCAUUUGGGACUGAUAUAAAUCACCAAAAUAAAUGUGAAUAUAUUUAUUACCUUCUCUA